CCGAGCCACCGACUCGUCUGAUGACGUCUCUAAGGGCAAAUUCCUUCGUUGGUCAUUGCGUUCACACAAACAUUUUACAAGUCUCGAGAUUCUGUUGGGGGGUGUAAUUCUGAUUGAAUUACGAUUAUAGUCUUCACCAUUAAUUCGUUGUAGACAGAAAAAUCCACAAUGUUUGUUUGGGAUUGGUUUACUGGAGUCCUUGGGAUGUUAGGCCUUUGGAAGAAGUCUGGAAAAUUGCUUUUCCUUGGACUAGAUAAUGCGGGGAAAACCACUCUUUUGCACAUGCUCAAGGAUGAUAGAAUGGCUCAACAUGUACCUACUCUUCACCCCACGUCAGAAGAACUCUCAAUUGGCAAUAUGAAGUUCACUACAUUUGACUUGGGUGGCCAUUCUCAAGCUCGUCGAGUAUGGAAAGAUUAUUUCCCAGCUGUGGAUGCAAUCGUGUUUCUUGUCGAUGCCUUUGACACUCAACGUUUUGCAGAAAGUAAAAACGAGUUAUUCUCACUCUUAGCUGAUGAACAGCUAGGGCAUUGCCCCAUUCUUGUUCUCGGCAAUAAAAUCGAUCGUCCUGGCGCAGCCUCUGAGGACCAGUUGCGAGCUUAUUUCGAGUUACAUAAUACUACCGGAAAAGGCAAAACUCCGCGCUCGCAGCUUUCAUCUCGGCCCUUAGAAUUGUUCAUGUGCUCAGUCCUUAAGCGUCAGGGCUACGGUGAAGGUUUCCGCUGGCUAGCCCAGUAUAUUGACUGAGGUGUACGUCAACGUUCGAGUCGGGGAGGGUAAUCAACACAACCUUCCUUAUCCCUUUAUCUUCCACGUUUUAUAUUAACCGAAAAAAUAUCCAAAACGAUUCCUAUUCGUUCCCCUUCUUUGCCCUCGCUCCUCCUUUUCUCGUAUGUAAACAUAUUACGAGAAAAUUCAGCAAAGUAAUAUAUCGGCUCUCGGUUUCUGUCCCUUUACAAUAAUUCUUGUCAAUAAUUUCAUUAUAUUGGAAUGGUUUGCCAUCAUAUGCAAUUGAUACUUCUUGUACGCCCCCAUGGAUUGUUUGCAACUAAUUCUCAAUUUUUGCAUGAUACUUUGCUCACUUGAGAUGAUUUGUUAGUUUAUAUUGACGCGUUGGCUGUCUUGUAGUUGGGUGAUUGAUUACAGAGGCGAGUGGUAUCAUUAUGUGCCUUCGUUUUGAAAAAUCUUAAAAA